CCGGAGCCGCCGCCCUCGGCGCCUGCGCGGCCUCGGCCGCCCGCCCCGCUCCCGGCCCGGCCAUGGCUCUGCGGCUGCUGCGCGGAGCGCCCGGCGCAGCGAAGUCAUCACUUCUGUGCAACUUGCGGAGCAGCUCCAGCUCUAAGGCAGAAGGAAGAUCUGAAGCCACUAAGCAGCCACUUAAGAAACCAAAGUUACCAGUGGGCCGAUUUGAUGAACCAGAAGAGUCCAGUAUAGAGAGGGAACCCCUGGAAAAAUUUCCUGAUGGAAUCAAUCCUACUACAAAAGAGAGGGGUGGACCUAGAGGCCCUGAACCUACACGUUUCGGAGACUGGGAGAGAAAAGGACGCUGUAUAGAUUUUUAAUAUUUAAAUGUGUCCAUAUUGCUAAUAAAAUAUUUCUAGUUGUUGGAAAAUAUAAUGUACAGAAAAAAAAUCUCACCUGGAUUUGUUGUGAAGCUUCUUGUUUCUGUCAUGCUUGUGGUGAAUUUUUUGAGUGAUAUAAUGUAAAUAAACACAGUGCUGCAACUCAGAUUGUGGAGCUGUUGCUUCUCAAUGUCUACCUGAUCUUUAACACUGCUUACAGUGUGCAAGUAUAAAUGCAGAUAUAGUGAUGUGAAAUUGGUAUUCAGGAGAUUACUGGGGUGUAUAAGGGCUUGGACUUCUGUAUGAAUGUAAACAUUUAUGUAGUGUUGUAAAAGUGUUGAAAGAGCUUUGCAGUUCAUGAACCUGGACACCAUUCAUCAAAAGAGAGGCAGCUCUGAGGAGAUCAGUAGGUCCCUGGUUGCACACAGUGGUUCACUGGUAACAGCCCCUUUACUCAAGAACCAUCCCCUCUGUCCCUAUCACAGCGCAUUGGGCAUUUUUUCCUGUGUGUUGAGCAAGGAUGGUCUUGUCUCAGACUGAGGACUGUAAACAGCACAGUGGAAAUGGAGGCUUGAUUCCCAGAGAUCAGCUCAUGAUGGCAAGUAGUACAGGGGUGCUCUAUGUGCAGUUCUACAACACUGUUCUUUAUCAUCAUCAUGGCUGGGCUUCGUGAACGAAGACUUGAGAAGGGUUCUACCCACGCUUGCUACAAGAGUGCUGAUGGCUGAAAAGGCCAAUGCGAGAUAGACAAGUCCAGUUGCAGAAGGCACAGCAGAAAGACUCCCCAGGUGAUAUCUACGAGACGCGAUUCUUUCUGCGUUGUCUUUUCUCCUCAAGAGUGAUCCUGCGUGUGUUCUCAAAAGCAGCAGCAGCAUCAUAGAUGGUGGUGUUCUUUAUAACCUGGCUACUUCCAUGCCAUUUGCGUUAUCUUUUCCUUUGUAAGUGGAGAUGCCCACUUUGCAAACAGGCUGCUUGGGGAAAAUACAGCAUGACUUUCUGACACCUUAUGGUCAAAGGGGACUAAUCUAAUAUUGCAGGUCUUUAAGUUAUCUAGCAUGACACUAAAUAUCUUUCAGUCAGACUGAGCUCAGUUCUUCGUUCAAGAAUUUGCCCAGUUAUAAAUGCUGUAGUAGAGUGCAAAUCUACCACUUAUGUGGGUACUUAUUAAUCAGAAUAAGCUGUCAUUACUGAAAUGUGUGAACACGUGCUCUAUUUCUGUGCAAGUUCUUUUUGAUAGCCUAAACAAAUGGAUCUUCUCUAGUCACAGAAGCAGAGAAUGGUGUGGGUUUUGCAUUACUCUGGCUCUGUGUGGGCUUUGCUUAGCUUUGUGUUUGCACGGUUUUAUUAGAGCAUUAAAGCGUGUCGGUCCUAUCACAAAUCUCUGCAGCCUCCCUAAAACUCACUCGACUGGCAGCCAGUGGGGGAGCUCCUUGUUUAAAUUUGCUGGUUUGUGUACCUGGUGUGCAUGUUACGAACAUAGGAUUGCACUAAGUAUGAGUCCAGAUGUUUGUCUCACUGUGAUGACAUCCUACAGAAGUACUGAAAUUGUUCAGUUACAGGUUUACCUACCAAAUACCUCUCUGAGGAGCAAAAUGAGAUUAACUAAAGCUGUUUCUCAUUAAGUAUGUUAUUUAGUGGUAAUUACAUUUUGAACCUUUAAUCUUUAAAUUCUGCAGCAUGGUUUGGAUAUUGGAAAAUUGGUCUGUAUUUAUAUCUAAUUCAUUUUAGUUUCCCUUCUGUAGUGUGAGAGUUAGAUCUUCCCAAAACCUAUUGGCAUUUCCAGUUACCUAAAGAUAUCCUGGGUCAACUAUCAUUAAACUAAAUAUAUGCUGUUUAUUAACAUAGUUAUUUCUAGUAAUCCUUUGCCUUUUCAGUUGCUGUUGGGUUGGAAAAGAAUUCCUCACACAAUACACCACCUUUUUAACUGGGGAGUAGAAAUUUUAACUGGAAGCUUCUGCCUUUUCUGCAUCAUUAUUAAGAGGCUUAACAUCUUAAUUUGCAAAUGGGCAGUAACACUACUGAAGGUAUUUUAUUUUUGAAUUCUAAAUCUUCUUCUCCAUGGAUUGUUGCAUGACUUCAUUAUCUUCUCAUACCAGGUUUUACCCUUCCCAGCACACAUUCCAUGAACGUUUACAUAGUUCUACUUCUUGGCAUUCCUGAUUUUCAGAUCAGUUGCUUCGUUCAGCAUAGACCAGCUGCACUCCUCCCUGGAUGCAGAAUUACAUCUUUUUGAUUGAGCAUACAAGGAACUGGUCUCACUUUUCUGUCCUUUUCUUUAUGUUUCAGUUGGUUAUCUUCAGUCUCCCUCAGCUUUGUUAGUAAGGGCUGGCCUGAGUGCUGUCCAGACCCCUGCUUGUCUUCUUUCAUGAAAGUAAAGAUAUUAGAUACUGCCACCAUCCAUGGAACACCUGGAUUUGGAAGAUAAUUCCGAGAGCAGUGUCUGUACCAACAAGACAGAGUGCCUCAUAAAGUCAGGCAUUUUUCUUUCUUUUGUAGAAUCACAGAAUCAUUUAUGUUGGAAAAGACCUCUAGGAUCAUCAGGUCCAACCGAUAACCUGGCAGUGCCAAGUCCACCACUAAACCAUGUUCCUGAGUGCCACAUCUGCACAUCUCUGAAAUACCUCCAGGGAUGGUGGCUCAAGCACUUCCCUGGGCAGCCUGUUCCAGUGCUUGACAGCCCUUCCGUUGAAGGAAUUUUUCCUAAAAUAAAAAGACUCUUGUUAACCCAUAUUGUAAAUAGCUAUCAAGGAAUUGGUGCUUGGGAAAUAGAGGAUAUCACUUCAGUCUUUGUUUGCAGAAUGUGUCAAUAAGAGAUAAGAAACUGAACAUUUGGGCAAAAUAGCAUGUAAGAGCCAUAGAGUGAAUGCUAAGGGCCCUGUUGUGUGGUCUGGCAACCAGACCACAAAAAGAGGAACCCUGGGCUCCAGUAAUAAUUAAACUCAAAAUGUUGUGGUGCUGCAAAAUCACUUGUGGUACCUGUCAAAACCAGUCAUGGUUUGAAUGUAACAACUGAUAUAAUGUUAUCAUAGGGUGCAAGUUAUCAUUUCUGUUUUGUUUUCUUGCAGUGCCUGCAGUUAGGAAAGCAGCAUUUCAGCACUUUUACAAUACUCUUCCCAGAUGAUUACUGUUAGCGAUUCACUGAGAUACAGCAUUAGGGUGAGGCAAUGGCUUGUGGCAUUAGCCGUCCGAUCAGUCACAGGUAUGUUUUUAUCAUAAAUACAGAUUGAAUCUAUUUUUAUAGUUCUUUCUGUUAGUAUAAACAGUGAAAAGCAGCAGGAGUUGUAUCCAUUUUCUGUUAACUUUCUGGGAGACAAAGGAAAAUUGUUCUGCCUAUGUAAGCAAAUUCUUGCAAUACUGGAGGAUGCUUGCUGUUCUGUUUGGUUUUCUUUACUAAAAACCUGUAUGUUGUGUUUCUGCAGUGGAUUGUCUUUUAAACUUGUUGCUGCUGCUUUGCAUAGAUACACUUUGUACAUUUUUAAAAUUAUGAAACCUUUAUUGUUUGAAGAAACUGCUCUGUAAUGACUCUAUUACAAAAUACAUGAAGUUACACCGAACAGUUAAAGAAAAUACUUGCUAUAUAUUACCUUGUUUGGAAAGUUUGUAUUUCGGUGCUGAUUUUACUAAGUUAAAAUGCAAGAUCCAUUUACCCUUGAUGGUAACACAUGUCUGUAGGUAGCACUGUAGAAUGCUGUUAAUAAAACUUUACUACUUUUCCAGUUGACUGCAAUAAAUGAUCAAAAAUUCCAGCAA